AUGAAUCCUACAACUAAUUGUGGACAUGGUGUGGGGUGGGACACGGCAGGGCGGAAGAUAGUUGCAGGAUUAUCCAUAGACGAGGACCAGGAGCAUGGCUUAUGGAAAGAUAUCAAAACAUAUGAAGGGCGCUUACCCAGAAAGGAAAUAAGGCCACUCACUCACGUGAUUGAAUUUUAUACCGAAAAUGCCCACGAGAAUCACUGCACUUCGAACUUCCAUCUGUCAAUUCCUCCACGCCGCAUCGGCGUUCAACAGGGCAUGGACACGGGCACGGGCGCGGGCGAGACAUCGAGCCAGUUCAAAGAGCUGCCGAUCGAGCCCCGAGGAAUCAUCUGGCAAGAUGACUUCGUCACGCCCGAACACGAGCAACGCCUGCUCUCCAUCUUCCGCAACGAAUUGACCUGGCCCGAUCGAACAGGCCGCAUAUCCCUGCACUACGGCUACACCUUCGACUACAAGACCUUCGGGAUCGACCCGGACAUCCCGUACAAGGAAUUCCCCGACUGGCUGCAGCCGCUCAUUCCGACGACCGAGUCUCGCCCGCCGGACCAGGUCUGUCUGCAGUACUAUCCGCCGGGCAGCGGGAUCCCGCCACAUGUAGACGCGCACGCCCCGUACGACCAGCUGUACGCUCUGUCGCUGGGUGCGCCGGUGUUCAUGCAGUUUCGCAAGGGCGAGCAGCGCGUCGAUGUUGAUCUCACCCCGCGAAGCAUGAUGGCGUUCACGGGCGACGCGCGCCUCCACUGGACGCAUGGCAUUAAGAAGCGCAAGACGGAUACGCUCGCCGAUGGGACGGUGAGGCCGCGCGCCGACCGGUGGAGUAUUACGUACCGUUGGCUUCGAAACGGGGAGUGCGAGUGUGGCAAUGUUGAGCUGUGUGACACGGCGCAGCGACGGAACGGUAUCGAGAAAGAGAAACGGUCGCUGAAAGAGUUGGCCGCGAAGGCUGUGGCUGAUGACUCUGUUUGA